AUGAAUAUAUCAGACGCAAUGCUCUGUAGCGAAACGCCCGUCGCUUACGCCAUGAGUUUUGGCGAUACCCCUCACUACACAGUGUCAACCUCCCAAUCACAGGGUUUUGCGUGGAACCAGGACAUCUUCGCAUCGCAGUACCAGCAAAUGUGCAAGGUAGUAUACGAUGGCCACGAAGAUUGCGUGGAAGAGCUGUUGGCGAGUUCAUGGCAUUACGAAGCACCCGACAGCGCAGGGGCUGUUUUUGACGAGGAGGACCAAGAUAUGACACCGCUGGACGAGAUUAGGGCUCGCAGGCUAUCGCAGGUGCUAGCCAGGCCCAGGAGACGGUCCGAGAGAUCACUCAGUUUUGUUUCGGACUCUAAGAACGGGCACUACCAGAAAACCGAGGUCAUUGUGGUCAACGUUGAGGAAGAGACAGAGGAAAACAGGCGUCUCAGAGUUCUUAUCGAUGGCUCGUGA